ACGGGGGAUAACUCCUCACUAUUAUCAACAAUAAUACUUUUGGAAUAACGUUUUUUUCCCAAGAGUUAUUUAAACAUUUACUCAAUGCAAAAUAAAGGAACAAAGAUACCCUAGGGCAAAACAACUUGGCCAUAUAUUCUUCCAGGAUUUCUUUGACUUCUUGGUUAUCAGAUACAGCAAGUGUGUCUACUUAGUUACUUGUUCUGUUGACACGUAAAAGGGAAUUUCUUUGGACAAACUGUUCUGGUGGGACAGUGCAUUUGUGAGCAAGUGGGGUUUUGGUGAUCAACUUAGAGAUUUGCUUCUCCUGGGAGGAAUAAAACCUGUUGAAAGGGACCAAGUGAAAAGGCAUUCCCUGUCCAUUGUUUUAAGGUGUAUAGUUUUGUAGUUCUUUAGGAUGCAACAUGUGGCCUAUUAUUGUACACUUGUAACCGGGAACUUGGUUGUUGUUUUCAUAUCACUUAACACGAAAGUUUGCUAUGCUCCACUUGCUCCAGUUUCAUAAUUCCCUACUGUACUAUACGGUCCUGUGCUCUCCUUGUGCCCCGGCACUGCGGCCUGUCGCUUGUGGUCCAUCACCAAGCAGCGCUGUCCCGGUCGGGGGCCGCGCUAACGAGCUCCUCCUCCUCGUUUUGGGGAUUUACCCCGGGGCGCACUGACCACUGGACACACCGAGAAGGCUCCGAGGAUUACUGACAUGCAACCAACCGAGCCUCAAGUUAACCGAGCUGACGCCAGGGGAUAUCAGAGUUGUGAGCUCUUACUAGACACGCCGCUGGUGAGCUCAGACAGUGGCACUGAGAGCACUACAGUGAUGAGUGAAAAUAUGAAUCCACUUCUCCAGUGGUGCCAAUUACAGUGAUACUGUGAGCCAUUGGCACGUCUAUCAAGAAAGAAAACUACUAACGCUGUUAUAUUGACGUUCCAACACCUGGUUGUUACCAAUGACUGUGACAUACACAGCCAGAGUGGCAAACGCCCGUUUUUGUGGUUUCUCCAAGCUGCUUUUGGCCUGGAAAGGAAGUAUUUACAAGGUGUUGUACAAAGAGUUCCUUGCUUUCUUCGCUAUGUACACGGCCAUCAGCAUCACUUACAGAUGCUUCCUGUAUGAGGACCAGAAGAGAUAUUUCGAAAAGCUGGCAAUUUAUUGCAACCACUACGCCAGUCUCAUCCCUAUGUCGUUUGUACUGGGUUUCUACGUCACCCUGGUGGUGAACAGGUGGUGGAACCAGUACACCAGCAUCCCGCUCCCUGACAGGCUCAUGUGUGUCCUAUCAGGGGGCCUCCAGGGGACUGACGAGCGAGGCCGCCUGCUGAGACGAACCAUGAUGCGUUAUGCCAGUCUGUCUGCUUUGCUCAUCCUCCGCUCUGUCAGCACGGCUGUUUUCAAACGUUUCCCCACCAUGGAUCAUGUGGUUGAGGCUGGAUUCAUGUCAAGAGAGGAGAGAAAGAAGUUUGAGGGUCUUCACUCUCCUUAUAACAAAUACUGGAUCCCCUGUGUUUGGUUCACCAACCUGGCAGCUGUGGCCCGCUGCGAGGGGAGGAUCAAAGAUGAUCACACACUCAAACUACUUUUGGAGGAGCUCAAUGCAUUCAGAGGGAAGUGUAGCAUGUUAUUUCAUUACGACAUGAUCAGUGUUCCCCUAGUCUACACUCAGGUGGUGACAUUGGCAGUUUACAGUUUUUUCCUGGUGUGUCUAAUUGGUCGCCAAUUCCUGGACCCUAAUCAAGGCUACCCAGGUCAUGAUCUGGACCUUUACAUUCCCAUCUUCACCCUGCUGCAGUUCUUCUUUUAUGCUGGGUGGCUAAAGGUUGCAGAGCAGCUGAUUAACCCUUUCGGAGAAGAUGAUGAUGACUUUGAGACCAACUGGCUGAUAGACAGAAAUUUCCAGGUGUCUAUGAUGGCAGUGGAUGAGAUGUAUGGAGAUUUGCCAGUGAUGGAGAGAGAUCGUUACUGGAAUGACUCCAACCCAAGACCCCCCUACACAGCUGCCACUCUGUUUGUCCUCCGUAAACCUUCUUUUCAGGGGUCCACCUUUGACAUGGCGAUCCCUAAAGAGGAGAUGCACUUCCAGCCUUUGGAGGACAUCGCUGAGAACCUGGAAGAGUCGGGCAGUCGUCACCCCAAUAUGGCCCUCUUCAACCGCUUGCUCAAUGUAGCUCCUUCCCCCACUGGCCUCAUGGGAGGGGCUCUUCGUCGCACCUCAGCACAACUGCAGAGACUACGCCACUCCCCCAGCAUUGACCAGUGCACCAGCGAUGAUGAUGAUGACAAUGAAAGUGUUAAAAUAGGUAAAGGUGGCUCUCUGCCCUCUGGGCUUGGGCAGGACACUCAGAGCACUGUCUGUAGUUUCAGAGAGGAAAAGAAUGCCACAACGCCUCUGCUGGAGAUUCAAUUUGGCGCAGUGCAGGAGAGGCAAGAAGGGCUCCCUGUUGUCAAUGAGAAGAAGGAGGUGACUGAAGUGGAGGAGAGGAUUAAUAAAGAGUGGGAGAUGACAGGGAACCAAGAAAAACAAGAGAAUUCAAGGGAGCGUAACCAAAGUGUAUCGUUGCUUCUUCCUCCCCCUCAGUUCUCCAGAGAGAAGACCAUGCGACCUACCUCUGCCAUCUCUCCCUUUACCUCCCGUCAUCCCUCUGCUUUUCUGUUUCACCCGUCUGUCCACUCCAGUCUAGAGCACUGCAGCUCCCAGCCGGCUAUCAACCAAAACAGGGCUGUGCCCACUAUUCCCAAGCCCCCCUUUGGUGGGAGCAAAAUGUCCUUCCUCACUGUACCAUCGUAUGAUGAACCUCAGCGUUUCCGGAGUGUGAGCAUGGGAUCAGAGCUGACUGGGUCUUAAGGCUGUUCAAUUUGUUGGUAUUUAAUGUCCUGGGGAGAAAAAAAAGUUGAACUUUUGACUAUUUCAAACUCUAAACUUGAUUCAAAACAAGCUUUCAUGUGUGAAAUAAGUCAUAGAUCUGUAACUGUGCUCAAGAUUAAUCAAUAUGUGUAGCACUUUUGGAGCAGAAGGUUGUCACCUCUUGAUACUUAGAGUACAUAUAUUCACAGCUUUUGUUAACAUUAUAUCAGAUAAGUAAAAGUUUUUAAGUUUUU